CGAAGCACGCGCUACCAAAGCGGCCGGACCGCGCGAAAAUGAAAUCGAGUUUCUAAAUUCGAACAUUCGAAGUUUUAAAUUGAAGUGACAGUAAUUUUUUCUUAAUUGUUUUUUUUGUGUGUUGAUAGUACUAAGUAUUAGUGAAAAUGAGGUUCGUUUUGGUUAAUAAUAUUCCCAGUGUGCUGCUGAUGAGUUUGGUACUGCUGGCCAGUGCCCAAAGAACUUCAAACAACUUGAGAGACGCCGAUGUGCACGAACUGGCGCGCCAGAACAAGAUCACCAAGCAGAUCCUGGAGGCUUUCAUUCAGAAGAAGCUGGGUCUCUCGAAGGGGUACGUGAGGCCGCCGUCCAUCCAGGACAUUAUACCGAUGAAGAUGGUGCAAGAGAAACGCGUGAUGAAUCAGCCGUUGGAGGAGGAGCAGACGACGGAGACCCAGGAGUAUCCAGAAGAUGACGGCUUGCAGAGCGUCGAGAGCGAGCAGAUCGACUCCAUUUAUGGCGAAGGUAGGAGCAAAAAGUACCCCACCCCACCAUUUGAGCCCGAAUUGGACAGUUAUCAAUGUACGAGUUGCAACGACGACGACCUGGGCGUCACGCGGUGGACAAUGCCUCUACUCAAGUCGGGGGAGAAGCGGUAUUACUUAGGCAUAUUUUUCAAGGCGAACUGGUUCAAAGCGCAGCAGUACUGCCGGUUCCACGGGAUGCACCUGGCCUCUAUCUCCUCACAGCAGGAGAACGACAAACUCGAGCAGUACGUCAAGGACUCCGGAUAUGGACGCGAGCACUUCUGGACGUCGGGAACGGACUUGGCUGAAGAAGGCAACUUCUUCUGGAUGGCCAACGGGCGUCCUUUAACAUUCGUCAACUGGAACGCGGGAGAACCAAACAACUUCAGAUACGAGAACGGGGAAGAAGAGAAUUGUCUAGAACUCUGGAAUCGAGACGACAAAGGGCUCAAGUGGAAUGACUCUCCUUGCUCCUUCGAAACCUUCUUUAUCUGUGAAGUGCGGACCGAUUGAGGAUCUGUGUAAUUGUAUUAUCGUUCAAUUGUUUUGCAUAACUUCUGGAAGUUCUGGGUUCUUGUAUUUUUAAUAAUCAGCUUUUUUAAUGAGGUGGGAUUGGGUAGUUGAUACCAAGCAAUUAUACCAAACUUAACACUAAUUUAGCCCUGAAACCUUAUAGAUAUUAGUUUAUAAAUGGCUGUAAAAUAUUUAUCAAUAGUAAUGAUAAAAUUGCUCAUUACUUCAGGUGCCUAUGUAAGAAAUUGGAAUAAGUAUAAUGAUUUCAGUUCUUACAUAGCUUCUUACGUAAAUAUUUAUUUCGUUUAAAAUUAUACAAAGCAGGGUAAAGAUUUGCGUAUUGGUUACAAAAUUUAAUUGCUUUUUGUGUCAAAAAAUGGCCUUUUCACUGGGUCAGGACAAAAGUCGGCCAUUGAUUGAGUUACGAAACGAAAUCACUUAGACCAAACCUUACCGACAACCGACAAUUCGAUACAGAUUCCAAAAAAAUGUAUCGCUGCCGUUUUUUUUUUUUUUUGGAAUAAAUCUCGAUAAAAAUACGUACCUAAAUCGAUAGAAAAACGACUAAUAACGAUUAUUUUGCCGAAAUAUUGAUGGUUGAAUAAUGAUAUAAACCAAAAACUUUAUAAAUCUGAGUUAAUGUAAAAUAACGUUCAAAAUAUUUAAUUUACAAGAAAACGAUUUUAAAAGUAUGGACUAUGGACCCGAUAUUUUCGCAAGUUUAGCAAUAGUUUGUUGUUUUGUGUGAUAGCAGUUUAGUGUGCUAGACGCCAUUUUCUUUUUGCAAAAUAUGUUCAAUAUUUUUGUUUUACAAAAAAAUUACGGCCAGCAAAUAUUUCAAGUAAAUCAGAAUUUUGUUUCAUAAAAAUCGAAAUUAAAGUGAAAUAUUUAUACAUUUAAAAAAAAUAUCUGUUCUUUGCCUUAAUUAGUACAACGUAAUGUAUGUAUUUUGAAGAAUUGAAUUUUCAAUACUUCGAUCUCUUGUAAUUAAUUGUAUUAUUAAUAGCUACAAAACAAUAAAGACUUAGAUAAUAUUAUUGUGUAAAAAGUAUGUAAAUUAAGUGUGUAUGUACAUACUGUACAUUAGGUAGAUACAAUAAUUUUCAGUUUAUUUUUUUGUUCUCAGAGUGAAAAAAUGUGAACAAAAAAACUUAAGACAAUUUUGUAUUAAAUCUUAUAAAUACAUAAUUAAAAAGCAAAAAAUGUAUAAAAAUUAAAAGGGGUCAGUAUGUAGUUAGGUUUAACUACAAGUACUAUUUAUUUAUUAUAUUGUAUAAUCUCAUUAAUAUUUAACAAAAAUUGAUACUUCAACACAUUUUCAAUCCAAAUUGUCUUUUUAGAAGCUAUAAGUGUAAAAGCUUUAAAAAAGAUAGUUUUGCUACGUUCACUGCCAGAUCAGUCAUCAAACUGAUGUAUAUUUAAAAAAAUCUCGCACUUUGUAAAGAGAGAGUUGAAAACAUCAAAAUAAUCACGAAAUUGAAAUGGCUCAAGGAAAAUGAAUACUACCGCGUUGCAAGGUACUUACAACGCCAUCUCUUGACACAUUUAUGAACGAACCUUUAUCUAAACGACAAAAAGUAAACUCUGUAUAAAAAUCUUCUGUUUGCUGUAUUUUAACACUCUCUUUUCCUUUGUGUGACUGUAAAAUAAUUGAAAACCUCCGAGUGGGAGUACGGACACUGAGUGUCAUAGUCAAACAUAAAUAAUGUUACCUUAUGCUAAGUGUCAAUAGUUUUAAGGUGAAUUUAUUAAAAAAAUCA